AACCUCUUUACAGAAUAAAUAAAAUGGCUAGACCUAUGUCUGGAAAAGUAUGUAUUGUUACAGGAGCGACAAGAGGUAUCGGUAAAGGUAUAGCAUUACAGCUAGGACAAGCUGGUGCAACAGUCUACAUAACAGGUAGAACACUAACUUCACCAAAAGAUGAUCCUGUUGGAGGUUCAUUAACAGAAACAGCAGAGGAGAUUGAGAAGAGAGGAGGAAAAUGUAUUCCAGUGCAGUGUGAUCACACCAAAGACAGUGAUAUCGAAGAGUUGUUCGGUCGGGUUUCAAAGGAACAAGAUGGUUGCCUAGAUCUUCUCGUCAACAAUGCAUACGCUGCUGUCAAGGCUAUAGCGGAGAAUGUAGGAAUACCAUUUUGGGAACAACCUAUCUCAAUGUGGGAUACCGUCAAUAAUGUUGGUCUAAGGAAUAACUAUUUAUGUUCGGUUCAUGCAGCAAAAUUGAUGACAGUAAGAAAGUCUGGUCUCAUCGUCAACAUAUCAUCCAUAGGAGGGCUUCGGUAUUUGUUUAAUGUACCAUAUGGUGUUGGCAAAGAGGCCAUGGAUAGAAUGGCUGCAGAUUGUGCUGUUGAACUUAAGAAAAUGAACGUAUCGUUUGUCAGUUUAUGGCCUGGUCUUGUACGGACAGAACAUAUGGAAAAUAUGAUUGAGACAGACGUCAUAAAAAAAUUUGAUAAAGCGGUACCCGAAGAUAUGCCAAAAAUUGAUACGGGUGCCGUGGUCGAAAAAGCAGAGAGCACUGAAUUUGCAGGCAAAGCAAUUGUGGCCUUAGCAACAGAUCCAAAUAUAAUGAAAAAAUCUGGCAGAAUUUUAACAACUGCAGACCUUGGAAAAGAAUAUGGAUUUAAAGACAUUGACGGAAAAGAUCCUCAAAACAUCAGACAGGUAAAGUCCAUUUUAAAACUGAGUCCAAGUACAAGACGGCUUGCCAGUGUUGUUCCAGGUUUUGUUUACAUUCCCAAAUGGAUGUUGGCUGUAGCAGGAAACAAAUUUUAAGUCAUUUCAUUGUUUAUGGAUCAUUUGUUUUAAUAUUACAACAACAACUGUCAAUAUUUUUCUGUAACGUAUAAACACUAUUCAUCCUCUCAACACUGUACUUGUCCAAAUAGAUAUUACAGCUAUACAAUAAUGCAUCAUUUAUAGAAAUCAAAAUUAAAAUGUACAUGUAAAUAUUAUCUUUAUUAGAACUAUCAUUUUGUAUUCAUAAUAUGCAUAAACAUGUUUUCAGCAAUCAAA